CUUAUCUCCCUCUCAAGUAUCCGAACGAUUUCAACUCACUCGAAGGAAGAAAUCCCCCUAAUAUCACUCUACUCCUUCAUAUUUGCGCCUUGACUCUCAACAACUAGCCUGAAAGAUGCCUUGGCGCCCAGACAGCCCUAUCGAACUUCCCAAUGGUCGCUUAGUGUGUGGUCAACAUCGGCUCGUCGUCUGUUAUAUCUGCACUGUCGAUUAUAGCUUUAUGGAAGAAAUAUUAGCAGAGGAUCAAGACUCUGAUGAUGAAGAUGUGAUCGAUGAGGAGACAAAAAUUGACGAGAUGCUGCGACUGAGAGUCGGUACAGGACGCGUCAUUCCCACAAAAUUUCGCCCUCAAAACUCCAAGGAUACUCCACAGUCACUUUUCCCACCUGGAACUACCGAUGCCUCGCCAUGUGUAUGCCGGUUCAUUCAUCGAAACAACGCCAAACAAUUGCUUCUCUACACAGACGGUGCAUGCUUAGAUAAUGGUGGAGAGAAACCCAGAGCCGGCUAUAGCGUUGUUUUUAAGCCUCCCAUAACACCACCUAACGAUGCAGGCUACAUAGGCUUCCGUCUUGAAAACGAAGGGCCUACUGGUGAAGCGCAUCCGCAAACAAGCAACCGAGCAGAGCUACGCGCCGUUAUUGCAGCUUUACGAUUCCGGUUCUGGACGAGCGAGGGGUUCAACAGUCUUGUUAUUGCGACGGAUUCGAAGUAUGCUGUUAAUGGCGCGACAACCUGGGUACGCGGAUGGCUAAAAAGAGACUGGAAGACAACCACAGGAGCAGCGGUUAAGAACCGGGACCUUUGGGAGUGUCUACUUGGAGAAAUAGAACGAUGGGAUAGCAAUGGCAUGCAAGUCAAAUUCUGGCAUAUUCCAAGAGAUUGGAAUAAGGAUGCGGACUCCCAUGCUAAACAUGCUGCUGCUGAGGAUACACGAAGAUGCUUCAUGGAUGUUAAGGGCAUGUUUGUCUAAACCCAUAAGCUUACAAGGUUAACCAUCAGGCCUUGCAAUAAGGUGGCACUUAGUGGUUUUUGAUCUGUGGGUAUGUCAAUGCUACUUCAUCUAUUUUAUCGGUUGAGAGACGUCGACUUCCAGUCAAUUCAACGCGCAUGAAAAACGAUCGACUAUGAACAGGUUGGCUGGUCAAGGCCAUUCUUAGUUUCUGGUUUUCAUUCAAGCUCGCUACAUUUAGUACCAAUAAAUUUCAUAAUAUGCGCA